AUGCUUAACUUUCUUGUUUUUCCUCGUCUUUCCCGCUCCCUUAUAGAGCGUGGAAUCUGUAAAGUUAACAUUGACGGCAACCAAUGGGAUUUUAACCCAGCUUUUGCUAACCAAACAUAUGAAUUCGAAGAUACACAAAAGAAUUACAAAUAUUUCUUCAAGCCAUGUGAUGCCCUCGACAAGAACGAUCUUCCACGUGGUGCCGAUGUCGAAAUUCGCGGUGCUAACAUGAUGCGUCUUAAUGAGAACACAAACACCUGGGAAUACACAAAUUAUCUUUCAGAAUUUGACUGGUCACCCAAGCAAUUAGUUAUCAGCUACAACGCCGACGGCCAGAUGUUCCCAUCCUUUGGAGAUUAUUUUGCAGUUGACGUUGAGAUUGACUUAAGCUGUAAUUCAGAUGUUACAGAUCCAAAGCCAAGCAUGGUAAGAUCCAUCAAUUACUACGGCAAUCGUACAGAGAUCAGAUUUAUGGGUGAACACACUGCUGGCUGUUCCACUCCAGUAAAUCCACCAACACCAACACCAGAAUUCCACAAAGUCUGCGAGUUCGUCUCUAGAAUGGAUGGCGAUCCAAACAGAGGCAUUGACGCCCACUUUGACGAUAUUACUUCUGGUCCUUUCGGUCUUCGCUCUACAGUUCAAUACAGUGGCAAAGAAAUGGCCCUCCAUCUCAAGCUUUGCGACAGAAUGCUCUGCCCACCACCUUAUCUCUGCGAACCAAAGAAUUCAUUUUCAAAUGUCUGGAUCUGCCCAUUAGAUCCAGGAGAGGAUAGGUGCAAAUCAUUCGGUGUCUCCAGAACUGAUAUUAAUCCAGCAUCUCUUCCUCAGGGAGGCGAAGCUUUCGGUUUUGAGUUAGAUUAUUUCGAUCCAGCCACAAACUUAUCUACAAAAGUAUCCGUAUCAUCACCAGAUGACGAAUACCCAGAUGGAUACAUGAAUAUCGAUACGAAUAUCUUCUUAGAUGAUACAGGUGUCAGAAUCAAGGCCAAAUCCCACGAAGCUGACGUUGUCAACAUCCCUAUUCCACCAAUUCCAUCCGAUAAAUGCGCCAUGCAUUACGAUAACUACGGACAAUCCCUUGAUCUCAACCUUACAACCCUCAAUCCAGCAGCAAUCACCGAUUUCUACAAGUGGAACGUCACAGUACAAGGCGUACAUAAGCCAAUGAUGCUCUACUACCGUCCUUGCGGUCCAAUUGCCUGCCCAACAGGCCACGACUGCAACGGCGUUGAAGAUGCAACAGUCUUCCUCUGCCUCGACCAAAAGUGCCGCGCUUACGGUGAAUUUGAUGAAAAUAUCAACUUUACAUUGGUCGAUGUUAAAGAUCUCGCCAACGGUGUUGUUUCUGAGUAUUUCGGUUUCCAGAAGAAGGCCCAAGCCACAUAUACUUGCGAUGCAAACCUCAACCCACAGGAAAUUGAGAUUAAUUCAACAAGACUCGAUUUAGACGGCACAACCCUCAAAUUCACUGUUAGAGCCAAGGCAGCAUGCGCAUCUGGCAAUCCACCACAGCCAUUCGUUGUUCCAAGGCCUCCAGAGUUCCCAACUCCACCAACUCCGAUGAGAUCUCCAAAUCCACACAAUAUCAUCCACAAUACAACACACUACGUCUCUUUCAACCUCGAUGACUUCAAAUCCGAAUUAUCCCACAUGAAUACUAAGAUCAGAUCGAAAGAUGGAAGUUACGCCGAUGUACACUUCGAAUUCUCUCCAUGGAAGCAGCUUACAUGCCCAUUAGAUCAGGGCACCUGCAGAAAGGAGUAUCCAAACAACGCAAACGCUUUCUUAUGCUUCGACGGUUCUUCUGCUAACAGAUUCUGCUAUCCAUACGGUGAUAUCAACUACGAUCAGUACAUUGAGAAGGCCGGCUUGAACAUUGAUGACGGUGUCCUCUUGAAAUACAACUCAUACCUCAAUGUCCAGACAGUUUUCAAGAUUUACUGCGAUCCAGAUGACGACUACGAUAAGUUGAUCGUUCCUACAGGCCAGGAAAUCCAACUCGAAUCAACACAGGCCGACCAAAUAAUUUAUCUUAAAGCGAAAUCUAACAAUGCCUGCCCAGUAGCAUUCGGAAAGCCAACACUUCCAAAGACACCAAAUCCAACACCAGUCCCACAGCCUAUUGACCCAUCAAAGUUCCGUUUCACCUCUAAAGUUAUUAAUGGAUACUACAUUGACCUUGAUUUGUCACAGAUACCAGCCCACAAGGAAGAGAUCGUCAUGGGAACAUCGCUUGACUUCGAACGCGCUACAAUUCAGCUUGAUUUCGAUUUGGCCAGAGAUUGUGGUCAAUCCGCAACAAAGACAUGCUUAGGUGGUGGUCAAACAUUCAUCUGGAAGUGCGUUGACAUCGACGAUCAUGAUUAUUGCUACGGUAUUGGUGAUCCAAGACAAAAAUUGUCGAUUCAGUUAACAUCUGAUGACUUAAUUGACGGUGUAACAGCUGUUUAUGGUGGUGGCUAUGCAGGCUAUACAACAGCCAUUCAAUUCUUGUGUAAUGAGUCAGUUCCAUAUCCAAGAAUUGACCUUGAUGACAUUGCAUACGAAUCUAACAUGUUCAGAGUUACCCUCUAUGCCCAUACAAACGCUGCCUGCCCUAAGAAGUACGUUGGACCAACUUCACAGCCAACAUCACAGCCAUAUCCACCAACAAGUGGACCAACUUCACAGCCAACAUCACAGCCAUAUCCACACACACCAACAGCAACACCACAGCCAGGUCCAACCCCAAUAGUUAAGGGAAUCUCAGGAGGGGCUGUUUUCCUCUCAAUUGUCUUCUUGCCACUCUUCGCUUACAUCAUUUUGGGUGUCCUCAUCAACGGAUUCAUCUUCGGCAAGUUCGAGCUUCCAUUCCUCGGCUUCUGGGAAGGGUUCUAUCAGAACUUUAUAACAGGUGCUAUUUUCGUUUUCACUUUCGGCCACCCGAACUGGUGCGGCGCACAAGGAGGAUAUGACACAAUAUAA